AAAGUUGAAAGUUGAACUUGAAAUUGAUAUACGAUGAAUACUAAAUUGCUCAUUGCAGGUUCGUUGGCGGCCAAGGACUUUGGCAUGGAUGGCUUAAAUGGCUUCGGUGUCGGUCCCGGGGUCCUGGGGCCCAAUGGCAAAAAGAAGAAGAAGAAGCGUCGGCACAGCCGCACCAUAUUCACCAGCUACCAGCUAGAGAAGCUGGAGGAAGCAUUCAAGGAGGCCCAUUAUCCCGACGUCUAUGCCCGCGAGAUGCUCUCGCUGAAAACGGAACUACCAGAGGAUCGCAUACAGGUGAGUGAGUCAUCCAGAUGGAACAGAAUAGAACAGAGCUGA